UCCCUCUCCGUGUCGAAAUGAACGAUUCCGUGUCAGAUUUCUAGAUCAACACGGACACACGCACACUCACACCAGCUCCAGUUUUCCCACAAAUCAGUUCUCCCCGCAGUUAACCCGCCUGCGUGUCUUUGGACUGGUGGACGAAACCGGAGCACCCGCGGGGAAACACGCAAACUCCACACAGACAGCACCCCCGCAGUCCUGUAUUGAACCCAGGGCCACAGUGCUGACCUGCGCCCUCGCCUGGAACUCCUCUCUGUGGACAUCUAACCUGCGUCGCGUAUUAUAAAUGACGUACAAUCCGCGUUUUCCCUAAACGGAUAACUAUCCAAUCGCCAGUGUGCCGGAAGCUGGCUCCGGCCUGCCCUGGCAGGUCUCUGGCACCGCCGCCAACAGCGGAGUAAGACCGUCCCCGAGCUGGGGGUCUCCUGGAGCUCGAAGCCUUUUCACACGCAGGAAGGCAGGGACCCACGUAGUCCACCAGAGAGUACAGCUGUCGCAGUCAUGGCCACGAUCAUGACGUUAUUACUAAGAAGAAGAAUGUUGAUGAUGAGGAUAGGAUUUUUUCUUGGUUGAUCGUUACAAUGAGGAGAUGAUGAUGGUACUAUUUUUCUUCUCUGUUUUUCUCACGACGAUGAUAGUAGUCUUCAUAGUACUGAUGAUUAUGUUACUGUUGGUCUCCUCUGUGGUUAUUAUUGUAACGCUGAUGAUGGUGGUCAGGAUGAUGACGGUGAUGAUGAUGAUGGUCUCCUCUGUGGUUAUUAUUGUAACUCUGAUGAUGAUGGUCAGGAUGAUGACGGUGGUGGUGCUGUUGGUCUCCUCUGUGGUUAUUAUUGUAACGCUGAUGAUGAUGGUCUCCUCUGUGGUUAUUAUUGUAACGCUGAUGAUGAUGGUCUCCUCUGUGGUUAUUAUUGUAACGCCGAUGAUGAUGGUCUCCUCUGUGGUUAUUAUUGUAACGCCGAUGAUGAUGGUCUCCUCUGUGGUUAUUAUUGUAACGCUGAUGAUGAUGGUCAGGAUGAUGACGGUGGGGGUGCUGCUGGUCUCCCCCGUGUCUGUGGUGUCAGGCACGAAGCGGGGGCUGUUUUCAGGUCUAUUCUUAGCCGGCUCGGCAGCUGCUGAGCCAUGUUAGCGCCUCUCUGAUCACCUGCCUCUCCCCCCGGCAGCUCGAGUUCGCGGUGCAGAUGAGCUGCGACAGCUGCGCCGGGGCUGUCCGGGCCUCGCUGGAGGGGGUGCCAGGGGUGCGGUCAGUGGCGGUUGACCGGCAGCGCGAGGAGGUGCUGGUGGACACCACGCUGACCGCGCGGGAGGUGCAGGAGCUGAUCGAGGCCACGGGCCGGCGGGCUGUGCUGAAGGGCAUGGGUGUCUCGGAGCAGGGGGACCUGGGCGUGGCUGUGGCCAUGCUGGAGGGCCCGGGCCCGGUCCAGGGAGUGGUGCGGUUCUUGCAGGUCUCGGAGGGGCUCUGUCUCAUCGACGGGACCAUCGACGGGCUGCGGCCGGGCCCCCACGGGCUGCACGUGCACGAGUUUGGGGACCUGACCCACGACUGCCUCAGAGAGGUGGCACAAGGAAGUGGGAGCAGACCACCCACCACCUUCUAG